AUGAGAUUGAAGACACCAACUAUGACAAUAGCAAGCAUCUUGGAUCAAUCUACAACCGCCUACAAGCCCUUGAAGGAUCAUCCUAUCCCAAAGCAAGGAACACAUCUAGCUCAGCUGACCCUCGUUCUCACCACCACCACGAAGCCAAGGUUCAGAGCUUCCAAGUUUAGAAGUGAUGGAAACCCACCGCCUGCACCUAGUGAAGAAGAAGAUACUUGGUGCUAUGAUCUCAUUGAUCCCAACAAGAUAAGCCCCAUGAAGCUUCAAGAGUUCAAUGCUAAGGUUAAGUCACUACCAUUCUAUAUUACUUUUGAAGAAGCUUGGGACAACCACAACUUGGUUGAUUUCUUUUUCUCAUCUGGCGAAUCCAAAGAAGAGAUACACAAGCUCUUUAGACAAGCUCGAUUUCCCCUUGCGCCUCAUGCAGCCAAUCAACCACCAUCUCCACAAUCUACACCACGCCAUGAAUGGUAUGUUAACUCCAUAUCAAGAGAAAAGCUUGAUGAGUUCAAUAAGUUCGUCCAAACCCUUCCAGCCAGCAUGACAUUCAAUCAAGCUUGGAGACACUAUCCAUUCACCACCUUCUUCCACAACUGCAAAGAGACCCCAGAUGAUAUUAGAGAGCUUUUUGAGAAAGCUAAAGUUCAACCAACCUUCAAGAUCCUCUACAAGAUCGAAGAUCCAGGUCAAUUCUCCAUACCAUGUCAAGUGAAUGGUCAUUACUUUGAGAGGUCACUUUGUGAUUCUGGUUCCUGCAUUAACCUUAUGCCCACUCAAACCGCCAAACUCCUUGGUAUAACACGCCUACAACCUUCUGUAGUAGCCUGCUAA